AUGGCACAACGACAGUCGGGACCGGCGGCGCGGCAACAGAAAUGGAUUGAGACACCGGAGGGCGACCUCUGGUUCGGGCGAUUUGUUGCCUCCGCGCCAGAAGCGGCAGAUGCUCUCCCUGAACAUGGCGCACAGGCCGAGAGUUCCCCGGCGGAGCAUGUGCGAUCCCCAUGCGGAAACGCGCGUUCAGGGAAGGGGAGCCUUUGUGCUGCCUGGCCGCUCUACCGCCUCUGCGUCCAGGAUGAACCGAUUGGGCCCGCGCGGACGCGGUUUGCUUUCUAG